CUUCUCUGUAACUUUGCAGAAGUGACAGGUUAUUAAUACCAUGUUCUUCAAAUUAGCAACACUUUCUGUAAAUGAUAAUCCCAAGUUAGUUUUGAUUUUUACCUGCAAAAGUAUUAAGGAUUGCUGUAUCUGUUAAACAAGACUUUCAGAAAAAAUAUAUCAGAAACACUAGUCUUACCAAGAAAACAGAUGAGUUGGCACAAGGAAACAUUUUUCUGUCCUUGUGUAUGAACAGUUUUUUGGUCAUGUUGCCUUCCUGUCUAACUCCACCCACAAAGUUAUUACUGAGAAUGCAUUCUCCACUGAAGAUGAAAAUAAGUUGUUAAGUGAUUGUUAAAAAUACUUAGCAAAGGGAUUGUAGGUUUUUACUUGUCUGUGUAAGUUUUAUUUAUUUAUAAGAACGUUAAGUCAUUAAAUAAUUAUAAUCUGAGAAUAUGCACACCCACAUGGGCUCUUCUCCAAGUUUUCCUGUCAAAUGAGGCAGAAUGUGAACUUCAACACAGAAUCGAGAGAAAAAAUGGUUCUAAAAAUUGGCUUUCCAUCUUCGCGGAGUCUUGCAGCUAAGCGCCAAGGACCCUUGUCAUCCAUAAGAGCAGCAAUCAAGAGAUCUUCUCGGACCUCUAGUCAUACUGAACAGCAGAGGGAUAGAAGGCGUCCUGAAAUUACAAUAGUUGCUGCUGAACCCCUCCGGCAAUCCUCCUGGUUUCCAGGUGCAGGCCCUGUCACUCCUCAGGGAUUAGGAUUCCCUUCUGCUUCGUCUCAUGCUCAGUGGAGGAGAAAUGAGCAUAUUCCAGCUGAGCUUCCACCAUCAUAUGAGCAGGUGAUAAGAGAAAUCAAUCAAGUGCAAGUCAAUACGACAAAUAACAAUAAUGCUGCUGCUCCUAGACAUACCACUACUUCUGCAACACAGACUGACUUUCCGGAGGAACUAAUCAGCCAUUUGCCAGGAAGUAAUGUAAAAAACAGUGUGCCUACACACUGGGAAUCUGCAGACCACCCAGCAGGGAAGAGUCCUCUUAAACCUCCUAGGCCUGCAGCAUCUCUCCUGAAUAGGUCUCCUUCAGAAAAUGAGAAUCCAUUAAUAGUCUUUGAAAUUUCAGAAGGUCAGAGCUGCCAAGAAAAUCCCAAUGCUGUGAUAUGUCCUGUGCCAAAGCCAAGAUCAAGAAGCAAUCUCAGACCUGUGAUCAAAAAUACUGAAAGUAAGAUAGACAAUGGAGAAGUGACCCAGUCUUCCACAAAAAGGCAGCAACCUCCAGUUCAGCAGUCACCUCUCUCAGAUGACAGCUUACUAGACAGUCACUUGGCAAUGGACAGCAUGAGUACAGAAAAGAGCCAAAAUAGUAUUGUUUCAAGGAUCAAAGUUUUUGAAUCCCAAGGAAAUAAUGAUACCUCAGGAUUAUCAAAAAAGCCAGAAAUUACCCCCCGUUCAUUCCCCCCAAGACCUAUUACUGCAAAGAAGCCAGUAGUUGCUCCAAAGCCAGGGGUAAGCAGAAUUUCAGGAGACUGGGAUGCAUGGACAGAAAGCAAAUCAACACUUUCCAAGGAAUUGCAGCCUCAACCUGAAGUAGCUGGGAGCAGUGUUGUAACCAAACCUGAACUGCCAAAGAAGCCAAAACCAGGCCUUGUUAAAAGUAGUAGUAGUGAUUUGCUUGACACAAGGAGUGGAUCAGCUGCAGAGAGCGGCAAUGGACAAAAGAAAUUUCCUGUUCCUGCUCCAAGGCCUCUUGUUCCUAAAAAGUCACAUUACUCAGAAAAUCCUGCUCUUUCUUUGGCCUCACUAAAACCGAUUCCUGCUCCCCCACGGGCUUCUGUAUCUGCCCAAGAAAAGGUUUUCAGGUCUCUGGCGGAAUCAUCACCUGCAGCCACCUGCUCAGCACCUGCUUCGCUGAAUAAACCAGAUGUGGAAGGAGAUCUGAUCAGUUUUGAUGAUGAUGUUUUGCCUCUAAGUCCAGCUUGUAUAGUUAAAGAUAGCAUCAGUUCUGAAGCAGCAGCAGAUCCAUUUCAGUUCCUCACCAAAAGUGAACCUGCAAAGGAACAGACAGCUCAACCCGCUUUAGCCCGGAAACCCACUGUGAUCCGAAUCCCAGCUAAGCCUGGGAAACCUUUAAAUGAAAUCUCACAUAGCCCGCCACCACUUCCUGCUGAAAAGCCUAUUGGGAACACCUCUGAUAUCACAGUGGGAAAAUCCAACAGUGGUGACCUAGUGAAAAAAGUGGAGUUGAAUCCUUCAGAACAGGGUGGGGUGCCUCAGCUAGAACCCGUCCUGUCCCCAAGGCCUGUGGAUGGAAAAAUUAUACCUGCUCGACCUCCCCCACCUAAAGGUGCUCCUGGAAGGCCACCUCCACCAAAACUCUCUGCAGCCAAGACCUCCUCCCAGAAGGAUGCUCUUUCACGAUCUACUUCUAAUAUAAUUCCUGAUAAAAAACCCAGCAAGUUCAGGCUGGGACCCAAGAGAGCAAAAAGUCAAUUCUUUAAAAAUCCAGAUCCAACAUUACCUCCUAGACCUAAACCAGGUCAUCCUCUCUACAAUAAGUACACGGUGAGAGCUGAGCACCCUGUGCCUCAUGGAGUUGCCAAGGAAGAUUGUCUCCCCAGGAACGCUGGAGAGCUGUCCUGUAAGGAUUCAAACCACGCUCCAAAAGUUUCUGACACAAGUGCGCCUCAUGCUGUAGUCCUGCAUGAUUUUCCUGCAGAGCAUGCUGAUGACUUGGACCUUCAUGCUGGAGACAUCGUUUGUCUUUUGGAGAAAAUUGAUACCGAGUGGUACAGAGGAAAAUGUGGGAAUCGCACAGGGAUAUUUCCUGCCAACUUUGUUAAAGUAGUUAUUGAUGUUCCAGAAGAAAGCAACAGGAAAAAAAUACCCUGUUCAUCACGAUCUAUCAAAGGUCCAAGAUGUGUAGCAAGAUUUGAGUUUAUUGGAGACCAGCAAGAUGAGCUCAGUUUUUCAGAAGGUGAAACUAUCAUCCUUAAAGAAUAUGUAAAUGAAGAGUGGGCCAAAGGAGAGCUCAGAGGCAUGUCUGGAAUUUUCCCCUUGAACUUUGUAGAAGUAAUUGAAGAUCUGCCUGGAGCAGGUACAGGAGCAGCACUGAAGAACAAGGUGGAGGUUUCUUCUUCCCUUCCUCAGAACAACAGACGCUCAGUAGAGUGGUGUGAAGCGCUUCAUGAUUUUACAGCAGAAACCAAAGAUGAUUUAUCCUUCAAAAAGGGAGACUACAUCCAAAUACUGGAGCAAGUAGAUUCAGAGUGGUAUAGAGGAAGACUGAAUGAAAAGGAAGGGAUUUUCCCAGCAGUUUUUGUUCAGACCUGCUCAGCCAGGGUAGAGCUGUCACAGUCUGGAGGAGGGAAGAAAGGAAAAGCCAAAGCUCUUUAUGAUUUUCAUGGAGAAAAUGAAGAUGAGCUUUCCUUCAAAGCAGGUGAUACAAUAACAGAGCUGGAAUCUGUAGACGAGGACUGGAUGAGUGGAGAGAUACAAGGAAAGUCUGGGAUAUUUCCCAAGAACUUUGUUCAGAUUUUAAAAACACCGUGAAGUGUUGCCUCUCUUUGAACUCCCUGCAUGUGGGAGAGAAUGUUUUCUAUCCUAAAGGCACAGCAGCAAAGACAUCAACAUGUUUUGACUAUCAAUGUUUUGCACUACUUUUUCUAGACAGUCAUAAUGGAAUCUUGAAGUCAAAUAAGAAAAUUGUAGUCUUUCGUGAUGGUGUAUGUAGUCAUGCUUCAUGAAUGCUCCGAGAGCAAAUACAAGCAGGAUUUUUAGCUGUUUUCAACUAGGGAAAUAAUGUGGUGCAACACCAUUUUAACUUAAAUAGCAUUCUAGUAUGUUUACUAUCUGGUAUUACAUUUAUCAUGCACAAAGUCUGCAUAAAGUAAGCUUCUUUGGGUUUCUUUAAAAACUUUUAAAAUGCAAAUUAAAAAAUUAUUUUAAAGAUAUAAUUACAGCACUCACUAUGUAGAUCAAGUUUAAUAUUCAGGUUUCAUUACUGCUUGACUUCCACCUUAGCAGUAGAAUCCACUUGUUUUAUGACUUAGAGGAUGAAGAAGAUAACUGAUAUUUUAUAGCAGGAAAAUAUCAAAUCUAAUACUAGAUAAUCUAAUUUCAGCAAGAGGGAAAACUCAGAAGCGAAUUCCUGUGUAGUAGUCUUCAAUUCUUAGCCCAAGCUGCUUAUACAGAAAGAUCACAAAACUCAAGUAUUUUGCCUCGUAACAGAUAAUGUUCAUAUUGGUAUGAAUUAUCUUAUGCCUUCCUCAAAAAUCCUUUCCAGCUGUAGGUUUAGAUUCUACUACUGCCCCCUGGUCUUGGAGCACCAUGGUUCCUUCCUUCCAAGCUGAAGCGAGCUGUGACAAACAGUGUUUACUGGGCUUUCUCAGCCCCCUCCAUGCAGGAGCUGCACUAUUCCAACUAUUUGCCCCUCCACUCCCUUCCUGUAAGUGGAAAGCCAGUCUUCACUCAGUCUGCAUUUCAUUUGUCACUCAAGCACUGGAACAUACUUCAGUAACACUAUUCCUGUCCUUAACAUGAAGGAUAUUAUACAGCCUUGGUUUUAUCUUUCAGCACACAUGGGAUUCGUUUCCAAUUUGCUACCACAUACCAACUAUACUGAGCAUCAUUAUAAAUGGUCUGUCAAGGCCUUAAGGAAAACAUGCCUGGCAGGAGGUUACUUCAAGAAGCUUUAACAAAAGCAUUUAGCAAGAAGCAGUAGCAUGACUUGAACGACAAACUAAGACAUGAUGGAGGUAGCUUCACGUUGUAUGAAAUUCUGGUAGUCAAUUCCUUUUUGCAACGCUUGGCUCCUGACAAAAAAAGUUAAAUGCAUCUUGAUUAACUGCUAACUUCAUCAGACUGGAAUAGAAAAAAAUUAUGCUGCAGUUGGCCCUUUCAUUGCUGACAGUAUUCUGUCACUUUUGUACUAUAUAACAAAAAGGAAUCAGUAAGCUGUUAGCAUGAGUCAUUACUUCAGAGAGAUGCAAGUCUUUAGGUAUCAAGGUACCCUCACAAGAUUUCUCUUUGUGGGUCUGGAAGUUCAGGCUGCAGAAGGGCCAACAGUUGAGUGGUGGGUGGAAACAAGAAACUAGAAUAAUGACUGACCUUGAGAUAGUUUUGACUCAGUCUGCUUACAGCUUUAUUGAUAUGAGGUCUAAGUGUUACAGGAACAAAUACCUACUGCAACAAAAGAUCAGGGUCCAUCUAAAUGGGUGUCUAAGCUGGUGAGGGUAGCCCUGCCCUCCCUGCGCACUGCCCUUUGGCUACCGUCACAGCAGGCAGAAACAAGUUGAGAGCCAAAACUGAGCUGAAGGACUCCCCUCGCAGCAGAGAAUGGGCAUCCGUUUUUGGUAGCAGACUGGAGUUCACCUGAAGCAAGCCCGAGGAACAUAGGUCCGCAGCACCUUUGUGCUCUGCAGUCACUGUUAUGCCACAGUACUUUCAAAUAUAGACACAGGUGUUAGCCCACUUUUUUAAGUCUAAAAGCUUCCUGAAGUGUUUUAUAUUUAAACUGCACCAAUGCCAUUCACACAAAUAGGGGAUGAAGAUCACAAAAAGUUUUAAUGAGCUGAGAGCUGGAUUUCUACUUUCAUUAAGGGGAUUAACAUUAUUAAAACAUUUAUAAAUGAUGUGCUAUCCUAGAACAAUGGAAACAUCAUAAUUUAUACAGCUAUUGUUCAGUUUUACAAUCCCAAACAAGCCUACCCAGAACUCCUGUGAAAUCAAACUGUAAUGUAAGCCCACCUCCACCCCUCCAAGGACCAUGCUUCCCACUCUCCAAGUUGUUCAUUGCAAUAAACCAGCCAUCUCCUUCUAGAGAAAUCCAAGGAAACAAAUACAUAGAUAGCUAGCUUUCCUGACUCCUGCAAGCCCACUCAAAGCUUUUCAACCAUAAAUUUGCAGUGGAUCACUCUAUUAAAUCAGGCUCCUCCCACCACGAUCUGUGCCAACAGUUCCUCAACCUCCAGUGAGCACAGCAGGGAGAAAACAGCAGAACCAAGCAAAGCCCACCCCAACAAACAGAAUACCGGGUCCUCACCAGAGGCACACUGCAUCAUUGUAGGGGUGGAGGAGGCUUAAGUGUUUGUUGUUUACUGUUUGUCUGGCAGUUUUCUAAGAUUUUGAUACAAGUCUCAGAGUAGAACUGAAUUUUUAUAUUUUUUUCAAUUUCCUGUUCCCCAUUUUUUAUAACUGUGUAUUGAUCAGUUGUUUUUGUACCUUCCACUGAAUGUUUAAAGUCCGUGCCUGUCAGCGACAAGACCACUCUGCUUUGUUCUAAUCAUCUCUUGCCUAUUAUGCAGGGCAGGAAGAGCAGCAGCGCCUUCUAUUCAGAGCAAGGAGUGCCAUCUAAAGGCUGCUUGCAUUACUGCAGGCAGCUAUAACUUAGUAAGUUAGAUGCUUGGCUUUUACAGGGAGGGAUUUUCUUAAGACUUGAUGCCUAGUAUCGCCAUGAAACUGCAUACAUAUCAUAACAUAAAAUUCUUAAGUACACUGCAUAAUCUGAAAAAAAAAAACAAAACAAAACACAAAAACAUAACCCACAAAAACAAGAAUGAGGUGGAACAAAUCCUAACUGCAAUAUAGUAGCAAAUUUCAGCUGUAAACUUAGUUAGCUAGAGCCCCACAUUACUAUAAUAAAAGCCUAAUUUGUCAAAACAUUGUUUGACCCACCCUCUGGAAAUAUCUUCAGGAAGACAUCAUCUUUCUUCUGUGUACAGCUAAGUGUCCUAAGUAAAUCUUUGUUAAGUCCAGUAAGUUUGUUAUGGUACCUCUGUAAAUUAAGAAUGUAUUUAACCAAUAAAUUUUUAUAAUUAAGUUGUAAAGGCAUUUUUAUUGUCUUAUGCUAUGGAGAGCUGAGGUCUCCACAUGACACGACAGUUCUAUGGAUCUCAUUCUGCUUAUGAAUUUAACUCAACAGGAAAAAAACCCAGCCAACGAAACCCAGCCAGCCAACCAAAAAAACCCCAACACCUCCAAAUAAGUAAUUCUGUAGUUAUCACAUCCCUUCAUGAGUAGUCCAAAUCCCUCAGAGAAUCCUGAUGGAUUGAACACAUUAUUGAAGCCUUCAAACUUGGUUACAUUUCACACCACCUAUAGAAGCUACGACAUCUGCUACCUGCAACAACCAGGGUAUCACACAAGACAGUGAUGCUGUACUCCUGUGUGACAAAAUGAGUGGUGAUGAAGACGAGCUGAGCCUCCGCUCAUUGGCAAUUCUACAUUUCUUUAAGUGUGCUCUGCUGAUUGCUGCUAUUUAUACACCAUGAUUUUUCAGCUGAUAUUUAUACAGAGAACACACAAAACUUCCUGCUUACUUUCCCCCCAUCUGAAAUAAUUUUAUAAAUCAUACAUUUACCCAGAGCCGAGCAGUCUACUGUAAAAAAAAACCACCACCACCACCAACACACAAACAAAAACAACA